AUGCCCAACCAGAUGACCAAAGACGAUGCCUCCCGCAUCCAGUCCAGCCAGGACAAGGGCGGCAAAGACAUGUCCUCGGGCGGCUUCGCCGCCAGAGCCCAGGGCGCGGGCGACAGAAACGCCAAUGCCGGGGUCGGUGGACAGGGACAGGGCGGUGCUGGCGCCGGUGCUGGGCAGGGAGGACAGCAGGCUGGCAAGAAGUAG